ACUACAUUUCCCAGAAUGCUUUACGCUCCUUCCGUCUUCAUUGCAAGAUGUCCGCGUUGAGUAAAAUCGGUACAUUUCUGAAAAUCACAUGGGGAAAGGAACCUGUGAUUGUGGUCUCUUUCGUCAUUGGCAUUGCGGCUGUCGUGGCACCCCUCGUCAGUCCGUACACAAAAUAUAGCGACAUGAUCAAUGAAGUUGUACCAUAUGCGUAUCCAGUUCCAGUUCGGGAUGAUGGCAAUAUGCCAGAUAUUCCCUCUCACCCCUGUGACAAGGAAGGCCGAAACCUUGAGUGGCUGAAAAACCUCUGAGGCGUGGGGUGGCUUGCAAACAGGCAGGGAGAGCUACCACGAGAGCCAACCGGGUCCCCACUUGACUCUUGUACAUGUGUAACAUUUCCAGGAUGUAAUAAACUAGCUGUUUACUUCAA